UAAAUCGAGUACUGAGUUAAAUAGUUAAUGCGACCAAACAAAGAUAAGCAUUCCGAGAAAUCUCGUGGAAAUGUGUAUGGGAAGCGAAAAGUGUUACUUCUUACACGUCACUCGUACGAUGCACGAGAAUGUGACUUGGAUCACCUUCGCUGGCUGUAGGUUACAGAGGGUACGAUAAUGGAAAACGUCGCGAAACCGAACCGAAUACUGGCAAAGUUGCUAGUUUGCUGUGUAGCGAAGCUCAGCCGGAACGUGAUGCAAGUCAGCAUUUUUUCCGGUUUCUUUACCUUAGAUUUGAUUUAACUGAGUUUAAAUAUAGCUAUUAAUAUAACUAAGCUUCGAUCGUAACUCGUGACCACAGAAUGUGCCGGUUAUCUUGGUCAAAAUACGAAAUGGACAAACACCGGUAUUUGGAUAAUACUUGGUAGCAUUAUCAGUUUCGAAUGUGAUUGACAACAAUCUUGAAAGUCGUAAAUAAUUACUGUUGUUGUAUUCCGGGAAAUUCUAACCGUUCGUAAGAUUCAUCACUGCAGCUGAUAGCAUUUUUUUUUUCGCUUGAGCUGCCUUUUGUUAUGAUCUUUGCCGCAAUUUCUCUGCUUCUUUUAAAGUAAAAUGCACAAAGUUAUUUUUGAAUACACAUACCGUGCUGGAUCGAAAUCCGUACACCUAAGCACAUGAUAAUCUUCGACGGUCAAUAUAAAAUCAAGAAAUCACAUAUUGCUUUAAACUGACAUGUUUAGUUAUAGGUCUACUUAUAUUUUAUCACUAUUUUCCACCAAAAUGAUUAAAAUCACUCCGAAACUCGAAAAAAUCAUGUUUAAAUAGAACUUGUUUUGAAUCGAAUUCCGUACACAGUUUUUUGUCUGAAUCAAAACCCGUACACUUUUGAAUCGAAAUCCGCACACACGCGAUAUAGACUGGAUCAAAGUCCAUACAACAAUAAAUCAAACUCCGUAUAGAUGAAGAAGUGCAAAAAUGAACAUCUUUUAUUUAUAAUUUAUCUUUAAAUUACCGAAUAAGUAUUUUGAGGAUCAACUGGCUCCUUUUCAAAAUUUCAAAAAGAUUCACAGAGUAAAACACUUAUAUCCCACUUGAAAAUCGUUUUUAUCUGAAGAACGUUUCUUUAGUAAAUUCUCUAACAAUACAACGAAAUGACAACUGAAACCGAUACACGAUUGAUUUUUCAUUUUUAAUAUUUUUAUUUCAUGGCCUACUGGGGCAUAGUUUAAUUUAACAGAAGGCCAACAACUCAACGGAUAUGUACAUGUAACUAUCAUAUGAAUUUUCACUUUUAUAAUGCUUAAAACUGAAGAAAAACAUCAAGGUGUACGGAUUUCGAUACUGUACGGGUUUCGAUCCAGCACGGUAAUACACUUAAUUUACCUCUAGGAAUAGAAGAAUUAUUCUGGGCACUAGAGCCCUUUAUACAUGAUUGGACCCAUCAGACAAACUACUCGUCUUCUAGCCGCUGGUGAUUGCCCACUGAUGAUGAUGGGAGGACGUCAGCAAAUAUUUAAAGUUGUCCGUCAAAACAAACCAUCUAUCCAGAUCCAGGGGCGAUAAAGCUCACUCAUUCUUGGCGAUAUGCCGUUUUGAAGUGGAGCUCCCUUUUGCCACACAAAACCCAUCUCUUUAGAUUGAGUCUCGGUUCAAAGCCAAAGCAGAAUCAGCAGAAUAUAAUCGUAGAACAAAUCGGAAAACCCUUUGAAUGCAGAAAAAAAACUGAUUCAGAAUGAAAAUCAAAUUUUUAUAGCUAAUGUCAUUAAAAGUAUGAUUAUUAUAUUGCAUACCAAUUCGUGCCUUGGAAUGUCCUUUACUCAGUGAUGUACAGUAAAGUCGCUUUUCACGCGGGGGAUACGUGCCGCGAAAAAAAAACCGCGUAAAUUCCGGAAUCCGCGUGAAAAAAACUUGCGUUAAUUUUGCCUUCUGAGUGAAGAUAAACCGAAAUCCGAGGAAAAAAAAUACCGCGUAAAUUCCGGAAUCCGCGUAAAAAAAACCGCGUAAAUUCCGGAAUCCGCGUAAAACAGCCGCGUAAAAAGAAACCCGCGUAAAAAAACGCGUAGAAAGCGACCUAAGUGUAUAGCUCUUUUCUUUAGGACCCCUUCCAGUAAAUUAGCAGACGUUGGGAUAAGUGACACUCACUAUUUAGACAGUUUGCCUAUCUUUUUCUUAGCGGUUAGCGUUGAAGUGUUUAGAAUUUGAAUUUGUUUUAAAAUAAUAUUUAGUUGCAACAAAAAUAGAAUAACCAACAUGCUAAACCUUUAGGAUCGACGAGAAAACUCAUUUUUCGUUGAUUUUUUAGUGCAAAAAGUUACAUCAUAGCUUAGGUGUACGAAAUUUGAUGCAGUACGGUACAGCUUUUACCUUUUUGGACACAUUUAUUGAAGGUCACAGAACUAUUUCAACAUUUUAAAAGUGCAGCUGCUGAUAUUGGUUAGAACUUGUUAGUACGAUUAAUUGAAUGGUUCAUGCAAUAGACAUUUUUGAAACAACAUUUUAACAUACUGUUUGUCUAACUAUCCUAACUAAAUUUAACUCUUAACUAAGUUUACCCUUGAAAUUUUAUUCAUUUUUUUCUUCCGAUUAGGAUUUUGUUUACAUUCACGCAACACUUGGCCUUUGUUGAUUUUAUCUGGCCAACUUUGAUUCGCAGCCUAUUCAGGCUCCAAUCACUGAACAUGAUAAUUGGUUGAAAUAGUUACCAAUAUUUAUAAAAAGCGCUAUGUAAAUUCAAAGAUUCCGAUAUUCUUAAAGUAGAUUGCCGACAUGGCCGACAUCCAACUGUAAACUAUACAGAAAAGAUCCCAUUUGAAACUGACAGCCGAGAAUAAUUUUUGCAAAUUUACGUACAGAACUACAGGAGGCUUUUUUCAUGGCAAACAAAAAUGGAAUAAUAAUUGCGUAAAGAAAACCAGAGAUCCAAGCAUAAUUUCCAGAAUCCAAAAUUAUUAAACUAAACUAGGUUAGUACGCCAAUGUCCAAUGCUUAAAUUACCCGAAACCUGAAUUGACCUUAGAUGCUAAAUCAGUGGUUGAAACCGGAAUUCCUACAUUACGUAACUCGACGCGUCACCGUAGUACAACAUUCACAAUAACUGAUAGAAAACCACUCGGGAAACAUGAUUCGAUUGAUAAGGAUUGUUUGUUUACUGUUGAGGUAACACUAAACACUAUCAUCCGUAACCUACAGCUGACUUUCCUCGAUUGUUUCAAAAACUAUCGAUCACUCGUGAGAUUCCCGCCUCAGAACUAGCUUUCGGCUUGCGGCAAGCAUUUUUUUUCUUGCAAUUAUUCAUACCCCGUGAAAGUGAAGGGUCGCAAGAUGAAUCCGGAAUCCGUGUCCCACCUGGAGCACAUGUGCUCGCUGGACAUUGACUCGCCGACGGCGUUCGUGCGGCUGUCCGGUAUCAUCUGUACGAUCGGGCCCGCUUCGGUGGCACCGGAAACACUGGAGAAGAUGAUGGCCACCGGGAUGAAUAUUGCCCGGUUGAACUUUUCGCACGGUUCCCACGAGUAUCACGCCAACACGAUCAAGAACAUUCGCGAGGCGGUCGAUAACUAUUCCAAAAAGCUCGGCAAACCGUUCCCGCUGGCCAUCGCACUCGACACCAAGGGACCGGAGAUCCGUACCGGUUUGAUCGAGGGCAGCGGAACCGGUGAGGUCGACCUGAAGAAGGGUGAUAAAAUUCAGCUGACCACCGACAAGGAUCACCUUGAGAAGGGUAGCAAGGAGAAAAUCUAUGUUGAUUAUGUGAAUAUCGUGAAGGUAGUCAGACCAGGCGAUCGAGUUUUCGUUGACGACGGUUUGAUCUCGCUGGUUGUGGACAGUAUUAGCGGCGAUACGCUGACCUGUACGGUGGAGAAUGGUGGCGCACUGGGAUCGCGGAAGGGAGUUAACCUGCCCGGCGUUCCGGUCGAUCUACCUGCCGUUUCGGAGAAAGAUAAAUCCGAUCUGAUGUUUGGUGUUGAGCAAGGCGUUGAUGUUAUCUUUGCUUCGUUCAUUCGUAAUGCCGCUGCGUUGAAGGAAAUCCGCGGUAUUUUGGGUGACAAGGGAAAGAAUAUCAAAAUCAUUUCGAAGAUUGAGAAUCAGCAAGGUAUGCAGAACCUAGAUUCUAUUAUCGCUGCUUCGGACGGUAUUAUGGUUGCCAGAGGUGAUCUGGGUAUUGAAAUCCCCGCGGAAAAGGUCUUCCUGGCGCAGAAAUCGAUGAUUGCUCGGUGCAAUAGGGCUGGCAAACCGGUCAUCUGCGCCACCCAGAUGCUGGAGUCCAUGAUCAAGAAACCACGCCCGACUCGUGCCGAAAUUUCCGAUGUCGCCAAUGCCAUCAUUGACGGAGCCGAUUGCGUGAUGUUAUCCGGUGAAACUGCCAAGGGUGAAUAUCCACUGGAGUGUGUGCUGACAAUGGCUAAGACAUGCAAGGAAGCGGAAGCCGCCUUGUGGCAUCGCAAUCUAUUCAACGAUUUGGUAAAUGCCACUCAAAAUCCGCUGGAUACGGCAGCCUCUAUCGCGAUUGCUGCCGCGGAGGCGGCAACCAAAACACGCGCGGCUGCAGUUAUCGUUAUUACUACCUCCGGACGCUCGGCUCAUCUGAUUUCCAAGUACCGACCGCCUUGUCCGAUCAUCGCUGUUACGCGGUUCCCCCAAACCGCACGCCAGUGCCAUUUAUACCGAGGCAUUCUACCGGUGACCUAUGAGCAACCUGCCUUGGAUGACUGGUUGAAGGAUGUCGAUGUUCGUGUUCAGUACGGCAUGGAGUUCGGAAAGGAACGUGGCUUCCUAAAACCAGGCAACCCAGUGGUAAUCGUAACCGGCUGGAAGCAAGGCUCCGGUUUCACCAACACCAUUCGCGUUGUAAACGUUGAAUAAGUCUAGCUGCUCCGCAGAGAUGUUGUUUCUUCAUCUACACCAAGUAGAGUGUUUCAUCAAAUAACUCAUAGUCGUCAGUGACCUCAGAAAAAUGCUAGAUCAACCAGCCGUAGCGAAAGUUUCAGGUCGAUCUUUUAAAAAUAAGGGCCUUUUUCGUUUUAUUUUUCCCUGUCAAGUGUGCUUGUGUUAAUCGAUUUUCAUAAGAAUCAAACAAAAACUGUGCUGUCCUUGAUUAGUUUUGCUUUAAGCAAAGUAAAAAUAAGUUGACAGAAAUUGGUAUUCUAAGAAUUAUUUAUUUCAUUUAGGACAUUAUUAUCCUGGCCCCCCAAAAAAACUAGCUAUACCGAAGAAAAAUUUGAAUGUUAAUCUGCUUGGUAGCCACGAUCUGUUGCAAACUUCACAAGCAUAAAUGAUAGCGAGGAGUUUGUGUGACCUCAAAUAAAAGUAACCAGCAGUUGAACGUUGUGUAAA